CCGGAAAUUGUGCCGUUUGUUGUUGCUAACUUGCUAGCUUACUACUGUGUCCGUGUGACCUGCGGUGUCCUCCAACGGACGGGAUUGGAAAUCUGGUCGGCUAAGGACAAGAGCACCGAAAUCAUGGUUUUCGAGGAGAAGAUGAUCAUGAACGGAGAACCCGAGGAUGAGGAAGAAGAAGAGGAAGAAAUGGUGGAUCCUCUUGAAACCGUGAGACAGAAGUGUGAAGAGGCUGAGCACUGCGCUCACACUCGGGAGCGUCUGGAGCAGUGUGAGACCAGAGUUGGCUCUCGGUCUUCAACGACGGAAGACUGUACAGAGGAGCUGUUCGACUUCCUGCAUGCUCGGGACCACUGUGUGGCGCACAAACUGUUCCAUUCUGUCAAAUAAAGUCCCUCCUGAUUGCUGGACCACUGGCUGAUGACAUUCAAGUAUUACAUUAUAUUGAAAAGAUGGUUUUGAAUACAUCUAUAUGUGGUUCUACUGUGUGUUGUAACUUAAAAUGUGUACUUUAUCCUCUCAUAUGAAGAAGGUUUAACAAUGUAGUUAACAUUUCAUUAAAGUGGAUGGCUUGAAAACCUCA